AAAAGUGCACCACCACGUUCGGUUUUGCGGUGUGUCAGGAACGAAAAAAACGACGAAGGGAAAGGGCUCCACCAUAUCUGUCCUCUUUUCCUCUUUCUUCCUUGCCACCCCUACUGGCCCCGUAUUCUUCAAUCCCAACUCCCCGAGCCCCUCUCCCUUCUCGCUCGUCCGUUGUUGCCUUUCGCCAACCCACCCCCCGUCUCCUCUCUCUCUCUCUCCCUUCCGAUCCUGCGAGCCACGUCUUUGUCGUUGGGAACGUCUGCGCCGACCCAAUUGACCAUGUCCGACCGCUCCAAGGCUCCCUCCGAGGAGUCGUUCGAGUUCAUCGAGACUCCGCCGGCGCCCACGCCGGUGCCUGCCGCCGAGGACUGCGGCGUCAGGACCACCUCUUAUCCGGCCAUCAAGAACGCGCCGCUCCCCGCGGACGGCCCGUCCAGCGAGCAGUUCAGCAACGUGCUGCUCUUCUCCCUGCUCGCCGGCGUGCCGUACUAUCUGGCGUGGAAGAUCGGCGGCGGCCUGAAGACGGCCCUCUUCUUCGGCCUCUUCACCACCAUCCCCAUCCUGGCCGCCUUCUGGGCCGCCUGCUCGGCCUUCUCCCCCCGCAAGAACGAGAAGGCCAAGCUGCCCGGGAAGCGCAUCGAAGAGUACCUCGAGUUCCACAAGGAAGAGGACAGGGAGAAGUACUAUGGCCGCGCCAAGAUCCCCAUGCACACCUUCCACGAGAAGUACUUUGACGGCGAGGUCGACGUCAAGGGCGACAUGCUCGACGUGCUCGAGUACAGGCACGAUUGGGCCUCCUUCAGGUUUACCAUUGGCUUGAUGGUGUACUUCGUCACCGGUAUGAUGCCCGAGGUCAUCAUGCACACUCGAUCUCAAGACGAGGAGCAAGUCCGAGACCACUACGAUCGCGGUGAUGACUUCUACGGCUGGUUCCUUGGACCUCGCAUGAUCUACACCUCUGGCAUCAUCUCGUCCAUCACCACCGAGGAAUCGCUCGAGCAGCUGCAGGACAACAAGCUCGCCAUCGUGUGCGAGAAGAUCAACCUGCAAAAGGGCGAACGCAUGCUCGACAUUGGCUGCGGCUGGGGAACUCUGGCCAAGUUCGCGUCUGUCAACUACGGCGCUCACGUCACCGGCGUCACCUUGGGCAGGAACCAGACCGCGUGGGGUAACGCCGGUCUGAGGCGGAACGGCAUCCCGGAGGAGCAAAGCAAGAUCUUGUGCAUGGACUACCGCGACAUCCCCGUUCCCGAAGGCGGCUACAACAAGAUCACCUGUCUUGAGAUGGCCGAACACGUCGGCGUCCGCUUCUUCGGUAAGUUCUGCAGGCAGGUCUACGACAUGCUCGACGACGACGGCGUCUUCUUCCUGCAGAUCGCCGGCCUGCGCAAGUCCUGGCAAUACGAGGAUCUGGUUUGGGGUCUGUUCAUGAACAAGUACAUCUUCCCUGGUGCCGACGCUUCCACUCCACUUGGCUUCUUCGUCGACAAGCUCGAAGGCGCUGGCUUCGAGGUCAAGCACAUCGACACGAUCGGCGUUCACUAUUCUGCUACGCUUUGGAGGUGGUAUAGGAACUGGAUGGCCAACAAGGACAAGGUCGUGGCCAAGUACGGAAAUCGGUGGUUCAGGAUAUGGGAAUACUUCCUCGCCUAUUCAACCAUCAUCUCGCGACAGGGAAGCGCUACUUGCUAUCAGAUCACGCUGGUUAAGAACAUCAACUCCACGCACCGUAUCGAAGGCAUUCCCACGCAAUACAAUCUGUCUGGCGCGCUGGCAGCUAGCAAGACCAAGGAUAUCAAACCUUUGAAAUAAACAGCCCGGGCUCUCUUUGUCCGGCACCUGUCUGAAGCGAGAGAUCAAGGCCCGCGGUGAGGGGGCCCUAUGUGCAUCCAAGAAGGAAAAAAAAAAUAGAAAGUGGAGGGGGCUGAUUUUUUUUUUAAUUUUCUCACGGCGGCGAGACGCUGCCGAAAUUUUGCUUCAGAACUGCUCUCGCGAACAAAGCGGGUGUGAUACGUGAUCAUGUUGCAAUUAGCCAGAUUCAACUGCGCCUUCUGCCGGCCAGGCCAAAAUAUAUGAACAAAGCUUACGCUCCACCGGUCACAAAA